UAUUGUAAUACCAGUGGGUAUUUAUCAUGGAAAGUUUAAAAAACCGUCAUCUAGUCAUGAAUUUUUACAAUAUUUUACUUCUGAAAUGAAAAUAAUUUUAACUAACGGAAUAUGUAUACAAGAUAAAUUAAUGAAAUUUGAAAUUAGUCAGGUUGUAUGUGAUGCACCUGCUAAGUCAUUUAUUUUAAAUGUGAAAGGCCAUAAUGCCUAUCAUGGGUGUAAUUCCUGUAUCGUUGAAGGAACAUAUAUUGAUAAUAAAAGGAUGGCUUAUCUAGAUUUAAAUGCCCCUUUAAGAUCAAAUCAAUCAUUUCGAGACAAACAGGACUCAUUUUAUCACAAAGACUCAAGUCCCUUAGAGGAAUUUCCAAUUGAUAUAAUUUCUACAGUGGUCCUUGAAUAUAUGCAUAAUAUUUGUUUAGGGGUUAUGAAGAAGCUAAUUGUAUUUUGGGUAAAAGGUAAAAAACCUGUUCGUUUGGUAGAUCCGAACGCUGUUUCAGAAGAAUUGAUUAAUCUUAAAUGUUAUUUACCAUCAGAAUUUAAUCGCUUGCCCAGAUCACUUGAAGAAUGUGAACAUUGGAAGGCAACAGAAUUUUGCACUUUCCUUCUCUAUACGGGCCCUAUUGUAUUAAAAGGACGAUUGAAAAAACCACUAUUUAAACAUUUUAUGCUUUUAAACUAUGCCAUAAGACUUCUUAUUUCUUCAGAAAAUUGUUAUACCCAAAAUAAUUUAGCUAAAGACAUGUUAAAAAGAUUUGUACAGGAAUAUGGUUCUCUUUAUGGUGAAGGAUAUGUUGGAUAUAAUGUUCAUGGUCUGAUACAUCUAGCUGAUUUUGUUUUGAUACAUGGCCAUUUGGAUUUAUUUAGCGCAUUCAAGUAUGAAAACUAUUUACAGUUUUUAAAAAAAAGUUGUAAAAAUGAUAGAUUUCCUCUCCAAGAUGCAUAUAACCGCAUCAUGGAAAAUAUUGAAAUUCAAAUUAAUAAAAUUAUAUCUCCAAUAAUAUAUCCAACAUUGAAACGAGAGUCAACAUUUAAUACUAAUUCAAAUAAUUCAUUAACUGAAACUAUGUAUGAAGAAGUUGUAUUAGAAAAAUUUUUGGUGAGUUCAAAAAAUGCUAAAGAUAAAUAUUUUAUGUUGCAAAAUAAUGAUAUAGUUGAAGUUACCAAAAUAAUAAAAUAUUAUAAUGGUCAGAUUAAAAUUGAAGCAACUAAAUUUGAUUAUUCACCCAUGUUUGAUUAUCCAUUUACCUCAGAUAUUACAAAAAUAUUUUAUAUCAAAGAAAUUAUUCCAAAAAUUCAACCAGUUUUAAUCAACAUAAACAGUUUAAAACAUAAAUGCUUUGUGACACCAAUAGGUAAUUGUAAAUAUAUAGCUAUCGCAUUACUACACUCAUCAUAAUAUAUUUUAUAUAAUUAUAACUUAAAAAUCAAAAAAAAAUUGUCAUACCUACAUACCU